AUGGAUGCGCCUGGCGCGACACCGGCGAAUGAAAGUGCCGUUCAGAGCACUCCCGAGCACUCCACGUCAACUGCACGAAGCCGAUCACCUUCGGACUCAACCCAAAACGCCCAAGACCGCUGCCAAUCCGACCAUGACCACAGCUCAAAUGGCAGCUCGAAUGAGGAAGAAAAUGAAGAGAAUGAGGAAGAUGAAUCAGAUGACGAAGACGAAGAGCCCCGUCUCAAAUACGCAUAUCUCACGAAGCACUUGGGUUCAGUAUAUCGCAAUGGAGAUGCGACAAGCUCUUUUCUUGUAGCAGGCGACAAGAUGAUUGUCGGAACCCACAAUGGAAACGUCCAUGUUAUGUCUUUGCCUCUCUUACAGUCUCUGCGUGUAUACCAUGCGCACUCAGCGAGUGUCACUUCUAUUUCCAUCUCGCCAUUCCCGCCUCCUCUUCCGAACCUCAAGCAGGACCACUCUAAGCAAACCCAGGAUGACCUUCGCCCCCCUACCCGAUCAUCCACGAACACUGGCAGUAUCCGCGGUCAAAAAGGCAAGACGAAUAGUACAUCCGUACCUAACUUACCGUCGAAUUCCAUUUACAUCGGAACCUCUUCAAUCGAUGGCAACGUUUGUAUCUCGUCCCUAGUUGACCCCAAGGAUGUACUAUUGCGCAAUUUCGGUCGCCCGGUCCAGUCGAUCGCAUUGUCCCCGGAAUACAAAAGUGACAGGGCAUUCCUCUCUGGUGGCCGGGCAGGUGAACUGAUCCUAACAACCGGCGGUCGAAUUGGAGCAAGCUCUAACUCGACAACAAUGGGGAGUGGAAAGGACACCAUCAUACACAGCGGAGAGGGUGCUAUUAGCACUAUCAGAUGGUCCUUAUCUGGAAAAUUUGUGACCUGGGUCAAUGAGGAAGGCAUCAAGAUUAUGCGGUCAAAUUUACAUCUGGACUCUUCUGAGUCUGAAUUUGCCUGGAAACGGAUCAGUCAUAUCGAUCGCCCGAACCGCCCAGGAUGGGAAGAAAUGGCCAGUGUCUGGAAAGCACGCGCAGAAUGGAUCGACCAGUCUGCUUUAGACAGCCAUGACAACCUUGAUGUUAACGACAAUCCGGCAAGGUCAAAUGUACAGUCGGCUGUAUCUGUCGAUAAAGUAGAAAAGCUUGUCGUCGGAUGGGGAGGAACUGUCUGGGUUAUUGACGUCCACCCCGAUCGAGCAAGCAAAACCUCGAAGGGGGAGAAGUUGGGCUCUGCUGAGGUUGUCACAAUACUGCGAACAGAUUGUGUUGUAUCAGGCAUUUCGUUGUACACGCCUCGUCUUCUUGUUAUUCUCGCAUAUUUGGAGACAGAAAUUGAGAAUGCGAAUAGCGGAAGGGGCACUGGAACACGCAAUCGAAAACGGGGCUUGGAGCCUGAACUUCGUGUCAUUGACAUUGAGACUAAAGAAGAAAUCAGCGCUGAUACACUUUCCGUUAACCGGUUUGAAGGUCUUUCCGCAUCUGAUUAUCAUCUCAGCGUUUUGCCUCCGUGGAAGACACCAGAAGGACAAGUCGUUCAGCGUGGUGCCUUAGGCGCACUUGGUUACGGGCUUUUGGAUGCUACUAUGUACUCUGCACGCCUGUUUGGUUCAGGUACUAGCAUCCGCAGUACCACAAGUAGCGGAGACAAGGGCUCUGCUAGAGCUCCUCCAUCUUUCAUGUCCAAGCACUCGGUCGAGGAGCCUCUGCCGAAAGAGGUGCAGGAUGUUUCGGGUGCUCCCGGUGCCAAAAUCUUUGUCCACAGUCCAUUUGAUUGCGUUGUUGCAGUCAGGCGGGACCUCGCAGAUCGGCUCUCUUGGCUAGACACUCAUGGUCAAUACGAGGAAGCUUGGAAUCUCGUCGAUGAACAUCCUGAAGCGGCAGGAUCCAUACCUGAUCUGAGUGAAAUUGUUUCAGAAACUGCCGGCAGGUCACAAACUAGUUUGGGCGACUUUUUUGCAGAUGACCGAUCAUCAAUCACAACAGCUGGCCGCUCCAAGGUCUCUGCAGCAGAGCAAGAAAAGGCCCGACUUGGAGAGCUUUGGAUUCAACAACUUGUUAGCGAAGAGAAGUGGGUGGAAGCUGGGAAGAUUUGUGGCAAAGUCAUUCGCAAUGCUCCACGAUGGGAGCACUGGGCGUGGAUUUUCAUCAAAAGAGGCAAAUUGGACGAGAUCAAUCCGCACAUUCCGGUCGAUUUAAAUCCAUCGGUGUCUUCUGCCAUAUACGAAAAUAUUCUUAGCCACUACGUGUCUCGUGAUCUGUCCAAGUUCAAAGAAUUGAUUGAAACCUGGCCAUCUGAUCUAUUUGAUGCAAAUAACAUUGCAGCAACCAUUGAAGCACAACUGAAAUCGGAAUCGGUGCGCGGUGAGUCUGAGAACUGGCGAAUUCUCACUGAUUGUCUCGCCAAAUUGUUCUUGGUUGCGGGACAUUACCGCGAAGCUUUGCGGUGCUAUAUUCGAUUGCAAGAUGGAGACGCAGCAAUGUCAUUGGUGAGGGAACACCGCUUGCUGGAUGCGGUCACGGAUGACAUUCCAGCUUUCAUCAUGAUUCGCGUUUCCAAGGAGCAAAUGAAGUCAGCCACCAAGGCCGAAUUAGAAGAAUUAACAUCCGAACCGACACGUCUCCUUGUUAGUGAAGCAUACACGGGCAUCGUUAUUCCGGAUACCGUCGUUUCACAAUUGAUUGCCGCAGACCGGUACCUGUUCCUAUAUUUCUACCUUCGCGCGCUAUGGCGAGGCGAGUCACUGCCCCAUGAAGCCUCUAAACCCCGAAGAGGGCGAGGGGCUCAUGCUCGAGAUGCGGCUAGCAAGCUGGCCGCCGACGAAGGCAAAGCACUCAUUGACAAUUUCGCCGACACGACUGUCGAAGUAUUUGCAGAUUAUGACCGACCUCUGCUGAUGGAGUUCCUUCAAACGAGCAUUUCUUACUCCUUUGACAAAGCAACCUCAAUAUGCGAGAACCACAAAUUUACGCCUGAGUUGAUUUACCUCCUAUCGAAGAUGGGUCAGACGAAGCGGGCCUUGAACUUGAUAUUGUCAGACCUGAAGGAUGUUUCACAGGCGAUUUCAUUCGCAAAGUCACAGGGAGACCCCGAUCUCUGGGAAGAUCUACUUGACUACUCGAUGGAUAAGCCAAAGUUCAUUCACGGUCUUCUUGUUGAGGCGGGUACAGCCAUCGACCCGAUCAAGCUUGUCCGUCGAAUUCCGAGUGGAUUGGAGAUUGAAGGAUUAAGAGAAGGCCUGACUCGCUUGAUUCGUGAACACGACCUGCAAGCUAGUAUUAGCCAAGGCGCGGCCAGAGUUAUGCAAAGUGAAGUUGCUCUUGGGAUGGACUCACUGCGCAAAGGCCAGCGCCGUGGCAUCAAGUUUGAUAUCAACGAAGAUAGAGAGGAGGACUCCAUUUUGACACCGACAGCCAAGACUCAGAGCCAAGAUCAUUUAUCUCAGACUAGUGGUGCCAAAAAGUUUGCAGGCACUGGGCAGGGAAGAUGCGGCGGCUGUAACGCCGCCUUCCGAGCAACCGAGCGGGAAAUUCUUGUUGGCUUCGCCUGUGGCCAUGUAUUCCAUCUUUCCCACUUGCACGCAGGCACGUCACAGCAACAAUCCGGCACAAGCAGCGAUCAAUCCGGAGAUCGAACUCCUCGAGCCAUGUCUCCAGUCGACGAGCCUAUUUCAACCACCGCCUCUCGUACAGUGGGUCCCAAGGUGACCACGGCAAGGAUCUUACGAGAUAAGAUCGGUGACGGUUGCCGGAUCUGUGCUUUGACGAGGGAGAUUGAAUCCCUUGGCGUUGAUGGUGAAGUCUGA